UGUGAAUCAUGGACGAGGGAUUAUUCCGGCCGAUAAAACUAAGAGUGGGGCUAACUAGGCCGGACCAAUGAAUUCCUCCAAGUCGAAAAUCGCAACUGAUGAAGCUUCACCAUCACCAGUAUCACCAGCAUCUGAAGGCAACCCCGAAAGUCAAUCCGCAAUCUGUGAUCCGGCCAAGCCCGUCCUGAAUAUGGCUGAGCUUUACCGGGUCACGCAAAGCGCUUUUCGAUCAACGUCGAUUCUCCGAAGCUCUGCGUCAAGAUGGCCAGCAUGCCCAAUACCCAGCAUACGGCAAUUGUCCACCACACCAAUUCUCCGCCCAGUCGAACUUGGCAAUGGAAGGCUGCCUAUAGCCUUUACUCAAUACCGGAAUUAUUCGGACGACCCCUACCAGGUUCGGACGGCCACAAAAGUGGAUGAGGUUAAGAAACCCGACAUGUCGGCAUACGAUGAUGAUGAUGAUGAUAUCUAUGCUCCUGAAAUCGACUUCGACACCGGCGAACUUGCUAAGGUCCCUCAAGAAGCGCGCUCACAACUUACCCGACCCCCAAUGCGCCUAAUUCCGCGAACCGGUCGUACCAUACGCGUAGGGAAAUCUGUUGAUGUGGCAAGAUCCUUCACACUCUUAAAUAUCCAGAUCGGUCAGAACAGGGUGAAACAGGACGCCCGUUUACAGAAAGCCCACGAGCGGCCAGGUCUAAAACGAAAGAGGCUGAAGUCGGAGCGAUGGCGAAAGAGGUUUAGGAAGGGAUUCAAGUCGUGCGUUGCGAGGGUCAAGGAGUUAACAAAGCAGGGCUGGUGAGGUCCCGAUACGCCGUGUACGAUACUUGCGUCGGCAUGAGCUAAAGCUCCCUUGAGCUCGGUUGUAUUAAUGCAGUCGCACCACACCUUAUACUUGAGCAUCCUUCUUGGCGGCCUACCGUAGGCCAAGUCGCGAAAAGUAACGCAAGAUCCAAGUGACAAACCCAUUUCAAUCCAUUGGUCGUUCUUCAACAAUAUGAGGAUACAGGCAAAGCCUCUCCGUUUAAAGGUCCAAUAACAUGGAAUCCGGUGACAGGUAGCAUAAUGGGCAUCUUGAUUUGCAAGAUCGGGGAGAUCUUGGUGUUCUUCGGCCACCUGCCAUAAUUCAAGGAGAAGUGAAGAUCUACUUAUUGCCUGAAAACACCUUAUCCUCAAGGAAUCUAGUGGCUCUUAAUUCUGCAUCAAACCCACCCGUAUCAAUGCCAAGAUCCGUAAUGAUUACAC